AUGUUCUUGGCACGGUUUUCUAAGUCCCUGCUUAUAUGUAAACCAAAUAACUCCCCGAAAUGUCGAAAUUUGAUCGAUCAAUUUCGUUACUUUUCAACUAACACUAAUCAGACACACUUCGGAUUUGAAACUGUCAGUGAGAAAGAAAAAGAAGAGAGAGUUUACCAAGUUUUCCAUAAUGUGGCUGACAAAUAUGAUCUCAUGAAUGAUGUUAUGAGUGCUGGAAUACACCGGUUAUGGAAGGAUUGUUUUAUUAAGAGCGUAGGACCAAUUAGUGACACUAAUUUGCUAGAUGUCGCUGGUGGAACUGGUGAUAUCAGCUUUCGGUACCUGCAAUAUUUAAAAAAUUCCUCCAAGUCAGCCACCGUCACAGUACUAGAUAUCAAUCAGGCCAUGCUCAAUGUCGGCAGAGAUAAAGCCAAAUCUAAAGGGUUCCAAAAUGAAAUAACAUGGGUGCAAGGCAAUGCGGAAAAUUUGCCUUUUUCUGAAAACCAAUUUGAUGUUUAUACUGUUGCAUAUGGAAUAAGAAAUAUGACUCACAUUGAUAAAGUUUUGAAGGAAGCUUAUAGAGUUUUGAAACCUGGUGGCCGAUUUGCCUGCCUCGAGUUCAGUAGAGUUGAUAAUUUCUUUCUUAGGAAUUUGUAUGACAACUACUCAUUCCACAUCAUUCCCGUGAUGGGCAAGCUUAUUGCAGGUGAUUACAAAUCUUACAAAUACUUAGUGGAAAGCAUCAGACAAUUCCCUGAUCAAGAGACGUUUAGUGAGAUGAUUGAAGAGGCGGGGUUUUCAAAUGUCAAUCACGAAAAUUUGAUGUUUGGCGUGUCAGCCAUCCAUUCUGGGUUUAAAAUAUGA